AUGACUCCGCAGCCGCCAUCCAUCAACCCUUCAUCAUGGCAGCCAUUGCCGCAGCCUCUAUCAGAUAUAGAGCUGGAGGGCAUGCUGGAUGCAAAUGAGCCAACCCAAUGGAUGCAAGAGAGCCAUUCUUUUGAUACAAAUACUGACUACGAAUUUCAACCAUUUCCCUCAGACAUCAGUGAUCUGGAAUGGUCGCAGUGGACAAAUCAUGAGUCACACGUCAUACCCACCGCCGAUGCACAACCUGGACAUCAAGACCGUGAAGAAUUGAAGGCUUCAGAAAUUCUAUAUGAUUCUGCUCCGCCUUUAGCAGGAGAAUAUUUUGACCCAUCCUUGCCGCAACCAAGUCUCACCAAUGUCUCACAGUGGCUUGAUGGGGCAUAUCGUCCCCCUGUAUCAUGUGCCCAUUGUCGCAGGCAUCGGCUGCAAUGUCUGAUAAUCCGCACUGCGCCUGCCAAUCCAAAUCCCAGAAACUCCUGCUCAAGCUGCGUGGCCCUUUUUCGAGAAUGCAGCCUAGCAAAGGGAGAGAAACGCCUCCCGUCGGGCUUUGAAACUUUCUCUCCAGUCUUGGGUCAUCUCCACGGUGUGCCGGAAGAUGGAAACCCAUUGCCCGCUACAACUAUGGAAAAUAGCGAUGAACGAAAAGAGCCCAAACAGUUUCUCAGAAAAGGAGCUAGAGUUCUCCGCGAGUGGUUCUAUCAAAAUCAAGAAUAUCCUUAUCCAACUGAUGCACAAAAGAAUCAGCUGGCCGAUGAGACUGGCUUCUCCCAAAAGCGCAUAUCAACCUGGUUUGCAAACGCGCGCCGCCGCCAAAAGCAAAAGAUCCAGACUGCGGGACUUUCUUCAACAUCCCGUACCCGCUCAGGCUCCCCCAUGGUCACCAGCACGCUGUCUUCCCUGACACCCAUGGAGCGAUGGCAGGCUUCCCCGCCAGAAGAUGAACCUGUUCCAGAAGCGGCAAUUCAAAAUGCCAUUGCCUCUGGCUCGAUAGAGUCGGAUGACAGCAUUGACCCGUUCCAGUUCGAUGGGUCUGCCAUGGAUUUCUUCAAUUUCGACCAGAGCUCGUCACAUUUGGCGUCCUCGGUAUCCAGCAUUGGAAGCAAGGCAUCUGAAACAUCUGGUAGUGCCUCUUCAGCAUGGAGUUAUCAUUCCUCAGCAGACACGGGGCUGCCAUUCCCACUGCUCCCCAAGCAAACCAAACCCAAACGCAUUCGAGGGCGGCAACGACCCCCAGCAGUCGAAUAUCAUUACCAGUGCACAUUCUGUACGCAGUCUUUCAAGAAGAAACACGAUUGGGCCCGCCACGAGAAAAGUGUCCAUCUCACCCUUGACUCCUGGGUCUGCACUCCAAAUCUCAACGACGUCCAACAAGCGUUCGAACUCCAGUUUUCUGAAUGCCCCUUCUGCGACGUCCUUUUCCCAACGCCCGCCCAUUGGGAAGAGCAUGAAUUCCGAGUAUGUGCCGACAAGCCUGCUCAGGCGCGUUCAUUCAGUCGAAAGGAUUAUCUAUGGCAGCAUCUGCGCAAGUUCCACAGUUGCACGAAGGUCCCCGUGGCUGACCUCGAAGCCUGGCGCGGAUCGGGCGCCAAUGUCGAAAGCCGCUGUGGAUUCUGUGGAUGUUCACUUUCCACCUGGUCAGCUCGGGCAGAGCAUCUGGCGGGUCAUUUCAAGAAAGGGUCUCGUAUGGAUCAAUGGGAAGGUGAUUGGGGUCUGGAUGCAUCUGCUUUGAGUGUUUUACGCAACGCGAUCCCACCGUCCCAGCGGGCCGUCGUAAACAUGUCUGUUUAG